CCCGCCAGCACCCCUGGGCCACACUUGCUGGACCUCAAGCGCCUCCUGGGUAUCAUCCAAACGUAGGCGCCUCGGUAGGAGAUGAGCUACGAUGCGGAUCGUUUGGGCUCGGAAGAGCUUGCGGACGUCAUUAAGAACCUCCAUCAACCCGGUUAUGCCACCGCGUCCUCGUCCACCGCUGUAUCGUCAGCUUCUUCCCUGAGCGGCAACAAGCCCUCCUACCUCGACCAGAGACAUGGCCUCAAGACUCGUCUAGGCCAACUAGACUCCGAGAUCCGCGAAGCAGACGACAAGAUUGAGCAGUGGAAAGCCUUGCGCGCGCAGCUCGUUGAGGAGAAGAGCGGCGUGCUCAUCCGGAUCGAGCAACUGAACCCCGCACGCCCCACUGCAACGAACGGUACCGCGUCUGGCGCGAAGGGCAAGGGACGCGAAGUCCUGAUCAACUACUCAGGCGAGUUUGAGUGGAAUCAGCAACUCAAGGGGACCAUGAGGCAGGUGUUCGGGAUUAGAGAGUUUCGGUUAUGCCAGCAGGGAGUAUGCAACGCUAAUAUGGACGGACGCGACAUCGUGUGUGUUAUGCCGACAGGUGGUGGCAAGUCCCUCACGUACCAGCUACCCGCGCUCCUAGCACCAGGCUGUACCUUGGUCAUCUCGCCUCUCAUAUCCCUCAUGACGGACCAGAUCUUACACUUGCAAGAGAAUAAAAUCGAAGCCGUCAUGCUGACUAGCGCUACCCCAAAAGCUCAAGUCAACGCCGCCGAGGCGCGACUGUACGCUAUGGCUCGGGGCGACGCAGAUCGUGAAAUAAAGCUAUGCUACGUCACACCCGAGCGAAUCGCCAAGAACAAGAAGUUCUCUUCACUUCUCCAGAGACUAUCAGACGGCGGACAGCUUGCGAGGAUUGUGAUCGACGAAGCACACUGCGUCUCGCAGCUUGGCCAUGACUUUAGACCGGACUAUCAAAAGCUCAGCACCCUCCGCCAAUUCUUCUCACAAGUUCCCAUCCUAGCCCUAUCAGCGACGUGUCCACCCGCAGUCAUGAGAGACAUUCUCAAAACCCUCAAGAUGAAGCCAACGGUUGACGGCACUGCCGCUCCACGAGAUGGGACAGUUUGCUUCACUGCACCUCUGUAUCGCAAGAAUUUGCACUAUACUGUCUUACCCAAGCCGGCUGCUUCGAAAGACGUCCUCACUGUCAUGGCGGAUUACAUCCGUUUCAACCAUAAGGAUGAAAGCGGCAUCAUCUACUGUCUCAAGCGGAAAGAUGCCGAGAAUGUCGCGCAAGUCCUGCACGAGCUUAGUAAGGGGCAGAUCAAAACCGGCGUAUACCACGCGGAAGUCGGCGAUGCGGAGAAGGAGCACUUGCAUAAGCAGUGGCGGUCGGGUGCCGUGCAGGUUGUAUGUGCAACUAUUGCGUUCGGCCUGGGUAUCGACAAAGGCAAUGUCAGAUUUGUGAUUCAUCAUACGAAAACGCUAGAUGGCUAUUACCAGGAGUCUGGACGUGCUGGGCGUGAUGGCGCAGACGCAGACUGCGUGCUUUACUACCGUCCUCAGGACGCUGCACACCAGGCCUCGGUGUCGUUCAGCGACAAAGAUGGGCCGUCUAAACUUCGGGACAUGUUAGCCUUCGCACAGGACCUGCAAGAGUGUCGCAAGAUCUUGUUCGCCAAGUACUUCUCCGCCUCCUCCGAGCUGCAGAUGUCCGCGUGGACGACCGCCGAGAAAGGCUCCCUAGAUCGGUGCGGGCACUGCGACAACUGCACGCGCUCGCCCGAGACCUUGGACGUGCGCGACGUGACGCUCGAGUCGUGGCAGAUCUUGCGCGUGCUCGAGGCAGUGCACGCCGGCGGCGGGCGCGUCACGAUGAGCGGGCUCGCGGAGCUUGCGAUCGGGCGCGGGGGCGGGGCGUUUGAGCAGGCGCCAGUGCGGGGGAAGCGAAAGAAGGCUCAGGGGGCGAAGGAGAAGAUGACGGUGGACUAUGAUGCUGUUGCGGGAGGAAAGGUUGCUUUGUCCAAGGACGAUACGGAGUUCUUGAUCGUGCACCUGCUCAACGCGCGAUACCUCCGCGAGGAGUUUGUGCAGACGGCGUACAGCGUGAACGUGUACCUCGCUCCAGGCCAGCUCGCGCUCAUGCUCACGGGGCACUCGAAGGAGGACGUCGUGUGUGGCAAAGGGCGGCGGAUCGAGUGCGCGUUCCGAAAGGAAGGCAAGGGUACUGCGCGAAAGAAUGCGAAGCCGGCGGCUAUCAAGGCGAUGUUGGUGGGGGCGAAGAAGGGUGGGCCUUUGACCAGUGGCGCGCAAGAGCUUAUGUUUGAGGACAUCGAGAGCGGCCGUGAAGGCGGAGCGGACGAUGACGACGAUGUCGCCCUCGACCAAAUACAUAUGGAGGGUAAAGUGUCGAAGAAGCAGACGAAGAACUUUUUCAAGUCGAACCGGCUGCUUUCCGAGCUCCAGAUGGAGGCGCGCGAGGACCGUAUGACGUUUGGUGAUGUCGAGGAAGCAGUAGAAGAAGACGGGGGCGAAGACUUCACAGAGGCUAUCUACGAGAUUGGCGAUGAGUCAUCUGCGGAGGACGAUGACGACUGGCAGUUCUCGCAACGAGGGACCAAGAGGCAGAAGACUGGGAAAGGCGACGUGGCUGCCAGCGUCAAGACGGGCUCGACUAGUCGCCGCAGGGUACCACAGCGAGGGAGGUCCAUACACCAUUCGAGCGAGGUGAUUGAAUUGUCGUCGGACUAGGGUCUUACAGAAGUAGUGUACUUUUCUAAUUUAUCUUGUAUGGACAUUGGGUUGGUGUGGUAUACCAUGUAUCGUUAGUAUUCUCUGUGUCAUUCACGGCCUUCAACAUUCUCCACGUCCAAGAAGCGAACCUUUACAGUAAAUUUACUUCCCUUACUAUACAGUUCUCGGCGUAGUUCAACCUGCUUCGGUCCCGUCCGGUCACCUUCCAAUACUUUCUAUUUUUCCCUGCCUUCGAGCUUGGGAGCGGGGGACAAGUCGCCUCUUUUUAAAGGGCCUCCUUAAUGGGAUACAUCGAAACGCAAAGUUUGGAAGCUUCUAUGAUGGGAUAUGGGCCCUUUAUCUAGUUA